CCUGACACAAUGAGCCACCCUACUUUAAAGAAACUGCAUGUUGGUGGGUUCCUCUCCCCGUGACAUCCGUGCCCACAGCCACCGAUAUGUCCCCCGCAGUGGCCUCUCGGGCGGGGCUAUACGAGUCAAUAUAAGAGAGGACUGGGUCCGGUGGGUAGAAUCUACGGUGGACCUGCUGCGACCCCUCUGCUCCUCCUAGUCCUGAUCUGCUGCUUCCUGCCGGGACCUCCGCCCUCCUUGCUCCUCCUCCAGCACCAGCACCAGCACUCGGACCAGCACCAUGGAUAGCUCCGGGAUCGGGAUGCUCCGCGGACUGCUGGUUGUCGGCCUGCUGUCCGUCAUCUGUCACGGCCAGGCGUCCCAGGAAGUCUCCACAGAGGACUUUGGAGUGGACAAACCCGAACCUGACGCAGACAGAGACCUGGUCGAAGCGCUGGAGGCUGUGCUGGGCAGGAUGCAUAAUGUGAAAAGAGGAAGCAUCCCUCUGUGCGGGAUGGGUGACCGGUGUGCCAUGAAGUACGGGCCUCGCAUCGGGAAGCUCUGCGACUGCGGCAGAGGAGCCAACUGCAACUCCUACCUGCUCAAAUGCCUCUGAAAGCACUGAGGGCUUUUUCUUUUUUUUGCAAACACAGCAUCACUUCUACAGGAACAAACUUCCUUCCACAACCUCAGUUGGCUUCCAAAAAGUGGCACAGUAACUGACUCUCUGAAUCUCAACAUCAGGCUCUAGUAUCACUUCUACCCGUUAUGCAUCGUGUUGUUUUGACUGCUGUUACCUGAGGAUGAGCAUGCAUUUGGAAUUGCUAAAAGUCCUGAAUAUUUACUGUGGCAUGUGAUUGUUUCAUGUUCAAUAAACACAUUUAUCAACA